CACCUCUCAGGAUUAACAAAUUAUUUCGUGCUUUAACUGUACGAGUGUUGGAUCACGUUUUUGAUUGCAAAUUGGUACUAGGAGAUCGUUAUUUUAUAAUUGGCCAUUACAGCUUCAUUUCUCAAAGACAAGAAUUUGAAGCAUGGAAUCUGACUACAAUUUAGAAUCCAUAAGAGAAAUAUCCGAAAGUCAGUUAGAAGCUUUGUUAAGAUUUGAUAGUCCUCCUGAAACACCAAACGAACAGCCAAAUCACAUAACACUAAGUGGAGGCUAUAUUCAAGAAGACUACAAUAAUAGUAAAUUUGAAGAUGAUGGUUAUUCGUAUAAUAGUUGUAUUCUGCAUAAUCGAGAGCCGUUCGUCUCUCAAUUAGAUUCCGAAAUUGAUUUUUCAACUUUUCAUCACCACUCUUCAAAUUUGCAGUGGCGAUUAUCUGCUUUAAAUACACAACACAAUGAGAAUGAUGAUUCCAUUAUUGUAACCACAUCAUGUACGGAUAAAACGACAUUGGAUCCUAUUGAAAUUUCGGACUUAUCAAUAGGGGAUAAUAAUAAAAGUCAUGCAGUUGAUGAAAACUUUUUGGAGUUUGAUAUAAUUGAGAAGAGUUCUCCCAUUAAACUAUGUAAUUCACCUAAGCAAAAUAUAAAUUUAGAAUCUGUUAAAGACAAUACAGGCUCACAAACUUGCUCUCUGGUCAAGAAAAGUCUUGGUAAUGAUUUUGAGGAAAUAGAUACCAUUUUCCAAAAAAUUGAUUUUGAAAUUAUUUCAAACUUGGAGGAAUCAUAUUUAAAUGAAGUGUAUGACCAAAAUCGGAUUCAAACACAGUACCAAACACAAUCAGAAUAUAAAACGAGCUUAAUAAACUCACAUCCAGCUCCCAUAAGAAACCAUCAUCCGGUAGAUUGCAGAUCAAGCAUUUCACGGAGUUCAUUUCAUAAAGACGAAUUUGUCGAAAAUAUUGAUCAUGUUCAAUUGCCCGAUAUAUUAAUGCGAGAUGAUGACCAAGAAAAUAAUAUUGGUACAAACAUCUGCCUGUCACUUGAUAAAAAUCUUGAUGUCAACUUCGAUCAAAUUGACGAUAUUUUUGAGACACUCGAUUUUGGAGAUAUUUCGGAUCAUUCCCGUUCUAUUCAAGGACAGAUAGAAUAUUCUCAAAACCAUGUACCAUCUACUCAAAACCAUUCCACAAAUUUUAAAGCACCUGAAACACAUCCGAUACCAUUUACAGUUAGACAACUGCAUGAAAUCGUAAAAACUAAAUAUUCAGAUUUUGCUUUUAUUUAUGCCUUGAGUUGUCAGUUAUGUCAAGAUCGCGUACCUAUGGAAUGUUUUGUGACAUUAAAAAUGGCUCUACUUCUUAGUCUCGUUUCUAUAGGGAAUAAUGUAGAUCGUCAUCCAAUACCUAUUGUCGCUAUGACAAAUGAUACAUACAUGACCGAUUACCUCAUGACAAAUAUUGGACAGCUGGGAUCACGAUUCCUAGGUCCAGUUGAUUGUGUAAAAUCUUCAUCUUCUCAUAAUUGGAUUGAAGCCGAUCCUAUAAUAUUGGCUCGGGGAGGUGUAUACUAUGCAGGGGAUUGGACUCGUUUAAAAUUAAUAAGAACCGAUACCAUUUUUAAAAACAUCGAAUGUUCUAGCGGCACAUUAGGGACAUCUAACCUAGAUACGGCUAUAUGGACUCAUUGGCGUUCAUUUAAACAUAGUGCUAAAGAACAAAAAAUGUUUAAUAAGUUUUUAAAAAUUUUUGGUAUACCAAUUUUUGUUUCCGAGGACAACCAUGAAUCAUUAGUGGAUUAUACUUUGGAACAAGCUUCAGUAAGGAUUUUUGAAUCAACCUCUGACCAUUUAUCUAUUAAUGAAGAUGACAUGCGCAGUUUUCUCGUUUAUGUAUCACAAAAUAAUGUAGAUUUAUCGCCAGAAGCGGCGCUUUUGUUAAAAAACUAUUUUGUGACUUCGCGAUCGUCUAGGCAAGAUUGUCUAACUAAACAAUCCUAUGUAAUUCUUAAACAAUUUGCCGAGUCUUUUGCUAAACUUUCCAUGCGCAAAGAGGUUUCAUCGGAUGAUGCAUUAGCGGCUAUAAUAUUGUGUGAACAUUUUAUUGAAAAUGUUUUUAGCUCUACUGACAAUCCUCCACCACAUUUUGGUAAUUUUACUUUCGUUGGCGCAGUUGAUAAAUAUUGUAUACAGUUUAAAGAAUGGCUGAAUUCCUAUUUAGAGAAAUGGGCAAAGGAAUAAUUUGUUUACAUACAUAUGUAUAUAGUUGAGCAAUAUGACGGACAACACGGAAUUUUCGAAUAAUUGCAGUAUUAUAAAUAUUGAAGACAGUUAUGAGUCAGUUAAAACUUAUACGUAACUUUUCUCUCAGCAAACAAACAUAAAUGAACAAAACCAAGUUCCACCGUGUACAAAAAGCAAUAGCAACGAAAGACAAUCAUCCACAGCGUCACCGACGACCAACUAUAAUAACAUCCAAAUAUUAUCGUGCAGAGUGUCACCGACGUCCAAAAACAACAUCAGCCAAUUAUCUUACACAGUGCCACCGACGACCAUCAACAAUAGCAAUCAAUUAAAAGAAAUAUUAAAUGUUUUGCACAAAUUAGAAGGGCAUAUCACAGUAUUAAAUUCGAAAGUUGACCGCCUCACUGUUGAAGUUAUUUCAAUAAGAAGCUAGGUUUCAACAAUUAAAACAAAAGUAUAUGGGGAUGUAUGCUGUAGUGAAUAUGUUGUUCCACAUAUACCUUUCGAGACUAUCCAGAAGUACAACGAAUUUACCAGCAUGUUGGAAAAGGAAGAGACUUUUAAACAAUUUGUUAAAGAACUUUUCUUGUCGCCAGAAAAAUCGUUUGAUAAAUUUAUCCGUAGCUGCUGAAAAAAGAUGUUUUCCGACAACCUUGCGGAGCAGUUUUCGUGGAGAGAAACUAACACUAAGCAAUGCAUUCGUGGAUGCCGUAUAACUUUGGCUAUUCGACAUGCUUUUAAGAACAAAUUUGCCCUGGAAGACGAGGAUUUUGAUAAAAUAACUCAAAAGCAUUUCCAGUACGCCCAUGACAGGCUGACAAAAUGUUCCAAAUACGCUUCCAAAAAAACAAAACAUGACAACGAGCAGCUACCACCUUAAACGUAUACUACUUAUAAAUAAAUAUUAUUAAACUAACACUAUUUGCUAAUAAAUUUAUGUAUGCAUUUAUUAAUUUAUUUUUUAUUAUAAGAUAUUUUUACAUAAAAUGUAAUGAAUGAAUAUGAAAUAAAUUAUUAAGUUUUUUAAAGUAAUACUAGAAA